AUGGAAGCGAAGGCCAAGGCGUCCAGCCCGCCCCUGACCAUCCGUGGGCAGAAGCUGUCUGGGGAGGAGCUAAAGCCCGUGAUCAUUUCCGGCUCUUCUACUGUACAGCAGCUCAGUGAUCUCUUUCGCGAGCAGCUUGUGGGCGCUCCGUGCCGCGUGACUUUGGCACUGCAUGGGCAAGCGUUAUCCAUGGAUGACACUGUGGAGAGUUGCCGCCUCACUGAUGGGGCAGACGUCCAUGUCAUCAUUCGACCAGAUGCCUGGACCCUGCGAGAGGUGGAUAUGGACACGGGCCUGCGGGUUGUCCUGGAAGGAGAUGCUUGUUGGGAGGGUGAGACCCUGCUGCUUCGCCAUGAAACGGCCUGUGCUUCACCUGGCUGGGACAUCUGCCCAGAUCUCGACAGCGACUUUGCAGUGGAGGCCACGGUGAAGCUGGACGAAUGGCCAGGGCCCGACUGGCAAGGCACAGUGGUCUCGCAACAUGGCAGUGGCACUGGAUGGGAGCUCCGCUGUGGAGGUCCGGGAGUGAACUGUGUGUUCACUACUUCACGCGGCGGUCACAACGAGCAUAUGCUUCCACUGAAGGGCAAAGUGGGCAAAUGGCAUCACCUUUGUAUGGUCUACGAGAAGUCCACCCGUUCCAUCACAUUGUACGCCGAUGGUGUCGGGGGUGAGCCGAAGAAGAUCGAGGGCAAAUUCAAGCCCCACACACGAGGUGGCGUGGAAAUCGGCAGGAAUCCGGCCUGGCAUGAUCGCGGCAUUGUUGGAAGGAUCCGCAACGCCACCGUUUGGCCUCAGGGUCUCAACACCAAGGAUUUGCCUUUCCUGGCUGCAGAGCAAGUGGCUCAAGCCGAAGCAUCAGAACUUGAUCUGAAGCCCACUAGUGCUGUGAUUGCCAUCGAUGCAUGCCGCAAGGCAGGCAGAUGGCAAUGCAGCCUGACCUUGCUGAAGGACUUCUCCAUCAAGGCACACCGUGAACGGAAUUACUUGGGCACGGUGCUGCGGUUGCUGAGCCGGGCAGGGCGCCAGGCGCGGGUGGCAGCACCGUUGGCUGGCUCAGACGGAAGCGCCAAUGUAGCGGGGCGGCAGACAUGGAAAGACCAGGGUGGGCCAGGAGUCUUGGAGAAGUUGCGUGGUGAGGCGGUGCAGGGUGCAGGUGUGCUGGCAGUUUUGAAGCCCGCAGAUUGCACCAGCGAAGCCACGCUGGAAGGGCUGCAAUCACAGUUGGCCACAGAGGGGUGGCCUGGAAAACUGACGUUGGUGUCCCGAUUGGACUACCAGACCUCUGGGGUUUUGCCCAUGGCCCUUGGUCCAGAAGAUGGGCCUGCAGCACAGUGGCUCCAAGCGCAGUUCGCUUCAUGUCAGGUGAGCAAGGAGUACUUGUGCCUUUGCGGCUGCGAUGACUCUGACUUGGAACUACUGGAGACCUGGAAGGGUCAACGCACGCUGGUGGAUACGCCCUUGGCGCAGCAAAGGUCGCGGCAGAUUGGGCCUCGCGUGGUGCCAGAUUUGAACGGGAAGGAGGCGCGGACGGAGUUCCAAGUCCUUGAAACCUUUGAAGAUGCCGGGCAGGCGUUGAUGCUGGCAGCUGUUUGGCUGCUGACUGGGCGGAUGCACCAAAUUCGCGCUCACAUGGCCAGCCUGAGCCAACCCAUCGUGGGGGAUCGAGCCUAUGGGGCUCGAACGAGGUUUGCAGCGGGACGAGUGUUCCUCCAUUGUCGAUCCGUCAGCUUGACGGAUCUGCUGGGGAAGCCCUUCGUGGUGGAAUACCCACUACCUGAGGACCUGCAGCAGAUUCUCACUUCGCUGAGAAAAUGA